CCUUGCUCCACCACAUCGUCGUCGACUCCAGACCACGCUUGUCCCCAAACCCCAAUCUCCUCGUCUGGGGAUUCCCCAUGCCUAGCCACGUGCCAAACAAAACCGUGGGCAGCGCACAUGUUGACUUCCAGCCUCCGUCAAUCGUCACCAAACGUCAUCAACACCCAUUAUUUACAUAGUUGCACCUUCCAUCAUGUGCCACGUUGUAGAUUUGCUGUUAAUCUGGUCUUUGUGGAGAAAAAAAGAAUACCAAAUCUUCACUACUCCGUAGCUGGGCGAGGUGGGGGAAAGAGAUGAUACGGAGGGAAAAAAUAGUCAUUCCCUGAAUUAGCCAUGGCAACGAGUGUCCUUUCAAUGAUAUCCAUGCUAGAUUGCCAAAUUUACAUGAGAUUGUGUUUAUGCAGCCAACGAUGAUUGACGAGAUUCGCAGCAGGGAAAGAGCAUGAAGGGAAAUGAAAAAGAAGAAGAAAAAACCCCUUGCACCUUCUCAUCUCCAGUGAAUUCUCCCAAGACACUACUGAGACCAACCAAGUUUAGUGAAGAUUCAAGUCUUCUGAGCAAUGCCUCAAAAUCUGAAGCACGUAGCCUUCCUUGUACCUCAUGCGCGUUUCCCGCGCCUAGAUAAGCUGUUGGUCCAGUCUCGACAUGCCCCAAAAACCGUAUAAACAGGAAUGCAUGGUCUGGCAUCUCUUGCUACUCUUAGUGUAACUUGCACUAUUGCUAUCCAGAAUUUUUGAGAAUCACAACUACUUUGGAGGAUCCGCCCAUACCUACCACGUCCACCACAUCAGCAUCUUACUAUCCUAUCACCGCAAGAGUUAUUUCAUGGAAAAAAAAAUAUAAGAGGCGCCAAUUCGAUUCUCUCGUUGGGAUUUAGAUCUUCAAACAUGGCAAUUGGUCGAUUCUGAAAGGCAGCCUUGAGCUCGGCGCUUAAUCAAACACGAAGCGGAAGCGAUACGCUCUCGAUGAUCAGUACAAAUCCCAUGGCGUAGCAACCUCAACCACCCUCUCAUAUGGUCCGGUCAAAAGAUAAGGCGCACUGCAAGGCGUUAUCUCUACAGUCUAGAAAGUGGCGUCGCAUCUGUUCGCGCUCGUAUCUUUCCGAGCACCCUGGAUGUGUGAAGUUUGACGCCUUUCACAUACCAACAGAUCAGUAUUCACACAUUGUGGCUCUAAAAUGCGGCACGGCAGGUAAACCGCAUGAUUUUGCGAGGCUGUGUAUAUUCUUCCAUCGUCUUGUAGAGGCAUCUAGAAAUGGACCUCACCCCGCAGUGUCUGAGAAUGAGCAAACUACCGGGUAGAUAUAACUUGACAGCACAACACCAGUCGAACAAUCACACGCAGUAGCCACCUCGGAGAGAUAAGUAAUGCCAGGCAUCUCACAUUCCACCCCAGGCGACAUCCUGUGGUUACCAAAACGAAGAGAUGUCGGCGACUCAGAUCCACGUGCGGCCUCCCACAACACUGUUCCACAGGACUGCUUUGGUCACCCCGUACUAGUGAUUGGAGAAGUUGAUUCAAAGAAAACUGUUGCCGUUCUGAUUCUCACUACAUUCCGGGGAGGUAACAAGAUUCAGCAUAGAAUCGAGGGACGAGGACAUGAACCUGGCGACUACGUUCCUAUCAGCCCGGCUUUCUGUUUCGUCGCGGGAGCCCCCACCCUACGACUGAGUUCGAUGAAGCAACUCAAUAAGCUUGUGUGGGUCAACAUUACACCGCACCGCUGCCCCAAAGUUUGGCUACAGGAAACAUGGCCACGCAUCUGGAAAGGGGAAGACCGAGGCCAGGGGGUCGAGCAGAGUUCUCUGUAUGAACUUGCUCUUUACGCGUUGAGGAACGGGUACGAUCCAGUGGUAUACAAGAAGCUGCGCGAUACACAUGCGCCGCCACCGACAUACACACCAUUCUCGUUCCCAGAGCCAGUAUCUGCCUUCAUAGAUGUGUAUGAGAGUCAACAACCUGUCGCGCCUGUUAUAUCGCCCAAACUCUUCUGUGUGCCACGAAAUCUGUCCGCCGUCCCCCAACCUCCACUUCCACCUCCACCAUUCCAACCUUAUGACCAUAGCCGGGAAACUGAGCCACUACUCCCCCGAUCCAACUCCAGGUCAUAUUCUAUCAUCCCUUGUUCAUCCGAUAAACAAGCAUCGAAAUAUGGUUGGGUCAAAACUGGACCCGUCGUCAAAUAUUUGGUUCGCCUGUUCAAGAUCGUUGCUGUGCUCGCAGUGAUUGUUGGAGUCCCAUGGCUUGCUUAUCUCGCAAUUACCCGGGCAGCAACCGCACUAACUAGACUCAUCAUCUCUAUCGGUAAAAUUGUGUCGGGAAAAUUGGGAGAGAUUGGAAUGGGUAUCUGGCAUGGGAUCAGGAAUGGCUUCUGUGGAUUAGGACGGCAGCUGGGUGGUCUAUUCGCGAAAUUGGGAACGUGGAUUAAGAACAUGAUGAGAGGAACGACGAGAAGAUUGACAUGAUUGCAGCGGUGUUUCUUGAUGUUAUCAAAUGAAAGUGCCUCCUCUUUUUUAGCCGUGGCGUUUGUGCUUGAUCAUUCCGCGAUACCGACCCAGUCAUUACGGCACGUAUAUCAGUAGCACUGGAAGGUGAGCAUGUGGACAUGUAUCCG